CUUUUUGGGACUUUUCUCUUCACUUGUUUGUGUCACACAACCCGACGAGGAGGAUUUAACGGAGCCGUGUUGGAUACCGAUUCAACAUCUGGCCGGUAGACCUCUGGACCACAGUCUGACCCGGGAUACCUGCUGUCUGACCCGGGAUACGUCUGUCCUCCAUCAUGCGUCCCUCAGUGGGCAGCAUGUGUGCGCGCUGCAGCCUGGUCUUGGUUCAGGUCCUGGUCCUUGUCCUGGUUCAUCCUGCAGCAGGAUACAAUCUGGAUCAGGACCACAGUCUGGAUUUCAGCGGCCCCUCCUCAUCUAUGUUUGGAUACUCAAUCCUGCUGCAUCGCCAUGGAUCCCAUAGCUGGUUGGUGGUCGGAGCCCCGGAGGCAAACUCAUCCUCCAGCCCGUCUGUUCGAUCUCCAGGAGCUGUUUACCGCUGCAACAUCACUGCUCAUUCCCGCAGCUGCCAUCCCAUGCACGCUGACGUGCUGAGAUGUGGGAAGACGUGUGAUGCAGAGAGUGAUCACCAAUGGCUGGGAGUCAGUCUGUCCAGACAACCUGGAGUCAACGGAGGACACAUCCUGGCAUGUGCUCACCGCUGGAAGAACGUCUUCUACUCAAAGAAAGACAGCCAGAACCACAAACUGCCUAACGGAGUCUGUUAUCGCUACGGCAACGACCUGAGACACGCCCAGCCCAUCAUUCCCUGCUACAGAGACCACCAGAGGAAGUUUGGUGAGGAUUAUGGGUCGUGUCAGGCCGGCAUUUCCAACUUCCUGACAGAGGAUCUGAUCAUCAUGGGGGCCCCGGGGACGUCUUAUUGGACGGGUUCAGUUCUGGUCUUUAACACGUCCAGCGGAGGGAUGUCGGUGUACCUGGACGACGACACCGGAGCCGUCAGCUUUGGAAGCUACCUAGGUUACGCUGUUGGAGCCGGUUCCUUUUUGAGUCCUGGUUCUGUGGAGGUGGUGGGUGGAGCUCCACAGUACAACCAGAAGGGCAAGGUCUUCAUCUUCACUGUUGACCGCAACAUGCUGCGAGUCGUCUCUGAGGUGUCCGGAAAAGAGCUGGGAUCUUACUUCGGCUCCAGUGUGUGUGCCGUGGAUCUGAAUGCUGAUGGUUUGUCGGAUCUGUUGGUCGGCGCUCCCAUGACAACAGGGGUCACUAGGGAGGAGGGAAGAGUCCAUGUGUACAUCAACCAGGGGAAGGCGAAGCUGUUGGAGGCGGAGUUUCAGCUGAGUGGCAGCGAUGCCUACGCUGCCCGGUUUGGAGAGACUAUCGCCGACCUGGGAGACCUAGACGACGACGGUUAUCCUGAUGUGGCGGUUGGUGCCCCACAGGAAGACGACCUAAAAGGAGCCGUCUACAUUUACAAUGGAAGGGAGGAGGGCAUCUCACCAACUCCAUCUCAGAGGAUUACUGGAUCCACUCUGGGUCGUAACCUCAGGAUGUUCGGCCAGUCGCUCAACUCUGGCAUUGACAUUGAUGAUAACGGCUACCAAGAUGUGGCGGUUGGUGCUUUCCUCUCGGACUCUGCUGUGGUUCUCAGGACCCGUCCGGUGAUUCAGGUGAAGGCUUCUCUGAUUCUGCCCGAGCAGAUUGACCAGCGGCUGGCGCUGUGCCAAGAACACAAGACUCCAACUGUCUGCUUCAAUGUUACCAUCUGCUUCAGUGCCAAGUCCAGACAGUUCAGAGGAGCUAUAGAUCUUCAAUAUAAUUUGACCUCUGACCUCCUCCACAAACCGUCCUUCCCUCAUCGUUUCUAUUUCCCUGGCAACGGGUCAUCAAAUAGCACAACGGGGCAUGUGAAAGCCCAACAAGGCCAGCCCACUUGUAUUACACAUGUGGCUUAUCAAAGGAAAGAUGUGAGGGACAUUUUUACUCCGGUCAAGUUUGAGGUUUCCUACAGUCACAGAGGAGAAACAAACGCCCACAGACACUCUUCUAAAACCUUCCCUCCAUUAAAACCCAUUCUCCAGCAGAGCACAGGACACCAGAACACUAUCACCAACCAGACUUGGUUUGCUCGUUCCUGUUCUCUGGUGAACUGUUCGACCAACAUGCAGUUGUCUGCUCAACUAGUGCUGCCACAUCAGCAGCAGUACUUUGCUCUCGGCUCUGGACAGACGAUCAUGUUGAAAACCUCGCUUCUGAACUCCGGAGACGACGCUUUCCUGCCACGACUGACUCUGCGUUUCCCUGACAACAUCCACUACAUUAAAGUACUGCAGAACGAGGACAAUGUGGUCAGUUGUGAUGUCACACAGGAAGUCAACAGUACAACAGCAGUUGUUGACUGCAGCGUCACCAGCCUCCUCCUCUCAGCCAACAGCCAGUUGAAUAUCAACUUCCUAUUGGACGUCAACCAGAACAGCACACCUGGUGACACCACCAUUCAUGUCAACAUUAGCAGCGAUAACUAUGAGAGGGAAGAGUAUCUCCAUGACAACUCUGUCAGCCUGCUCCUUCCUCUCAAAUAUGAAGUUAAUGUUAACAUCCACGGUUUUGUGUCUCCCAACUCAUUUGUGUUUGGAGAUGAAGACACGACUCCAGUUGACUGCUACUCUGAAAAAUUCAACUACACAUACAAGGUGUUAAACUCUGGUUCCAGCAGGUCUGUAGAUACUGUGGUUGACGUCGCGCUACCGAAGAUCCUCACACCUAACCGACACCGACUGCUGCAGGUGGUGGACUGGCAGUCGUCUCACGGUGUGUGUUCGAUCAGUGACACGACUGUUUCAGUCCUCGAGGACUGUGAUGUGCCUCAGGCUUCCUUCAUCAAACAGCUCGUCUUCUUCUUCUCCUCCACCUCCACCCGCAGAAUGUUUUGUGGCCGUGGUGAUGAGCUGUGUGAGCGGUUGGUGUGUCGUCUCGGUAACCUGGAGGCGGGGAGAGAGGCCGUCAUCCAACUGGAGAUCAGACUGAACCCUGCUGUACUACUCCAAGCUCCGGGUCGUCACGGUGUUAUGAGGCUGGAGAGCACAGCAACGCUGUCAAAUCCCAGAGAAGGUCCUCACACCAUCCUCAUCCCCGCACAACCUUCAGCACAGGUGGUGGUAGAAGCUCUUUUUACCCAGAAACCCUCAACAACAGUGAAAGUCUUCAUCAUCGUCGUCAGUUUAGUUUUGGGUCUGAUGAUCCUGGCUGCUCUCAUCUGGUGUCUGUGGAAGGCUGGUUUCUUUAAGAGAGAGUUCCAGAAGAAAGAAGAAGAGGAGGAGUUCAAGAGAGACAGCUGGGACUACGUCCCUAAAAACAACAAAAGAGAGAGCACCUCAUAACGCCGACUGUCGCCUCUGGCCACGACCUCUGACCUCUAACCAUAGGAUAAAGGAGUUCACAUUGUGACUGUGCAACAGGUUCAAUGAGACAUGUGUGCUGACGGAUGGAUGGAGUGCUGCGUAUGAAAAUAUGGCAACAUAAUUUGUCCAAAACAGUAGAACAAUACUGCUGAUGAGCGUCAUCGUCCAAUGAAAUCCGUCCAGAUGGAGCCAGCUGAUCUGCCUCAUAAAAAGUCAGUUGGUUUCAUCCCAGACCUGACAAUGAAUGUGAUGGGUGACAAAAUGUCUCAAGUGAACUCUUCCUGAACCUGACCGCGACCUUUUAAAACUAUUUUGCUGGAUCCGUGCCUUCACAAAUACAGACUUGUCAAAGACUUGAAAAAGACUGCAGCGAUGGAUGGAGGAUUAAUUUAAAAAAAAGGGAAGUGAACCUGAAACAACCUAUUAGCCUUGAAGCUUCCUGGAACGUGGCGUCACCUGUGACAGUUAUCGAUGCUGCCGUUUUUGACUCUUAUGAGGAAACAAAUCAAAAGGAGGUGACUUUCUGAUGACCUUCGAUAUCAGGGGAUGGAAACCUAGACUCUGACUGGCUCAUAGCUCUCUGGAAAACCCUCCCUUUGGUCUGUGUACAUUUUUGUUUACCUGUGAACCAACACUUCUUGCACUGGUGACACACACACACACACACACACACACACACACACACACACACACACACACACAGAGCAGACACACUGCACGCUGUCCGGGAGAAGUAGAAGUCAAGUGAUGGCCACUGAGAUGUGCUGGUACAGGGCAUUUACGUGUGUUUAAAUGGACCCGAACAUCAUUACUUAUUUUUGCAUGGAACUCAACUAUGGUGAAAUGCUUGUAGCUGUCAAAUAUCAUGUGACAUCAAUUUAAGCUUGAGCAGUUUCUGCUGUUUGGAGAUACAUGUCAUUUAUAGAGAGCUUUUUGAGAUACUUAAAGAUGCUUUACGUGAGAAAUGAAAUCCUGAAAGAACGCAUAUGUUUCCCUGGAACUGAUCUAGGACCACUUGGUUGAGGAGGUUAAUCCAGAUCAAGAGGCAUCCUCCGGUUAUGCAGAGUAAAUCCAAUACGGAAGUGUCUUUAAGCUUGCAUUCUCUCUACUGACCAGCAGGGGGCGACUCCUCUUGUUGCAAAAAUAAGUCUGGUUGAAUGGAAGUCUAUUAGAAAAUGACUCUACUUCUCACUUGAUUUAUUCCCUCAGUAAACAUUGUAAACAUGAGUUUAUGGUCUCAAUCUCUAGUUUCAAGUCUUCUUCAAUACAGCAUGAUGUUCAUUUAGUAAAUAAUGCUCCAUUUAGAGUCAAACAGACCUUAAAGCAGAGUAUGCUUUAGGGCGGACUUACUGUGAUUGACAGGUCGCUGCCGCUACCAGACGACGUCACUCCUCCGCAUUCCGAAUAUGGUAACUUCCGUUCAUAGGUUGCAAAAAAGCUAAGAUCGCAAAAGCCGCAUUCCAAGAUGGCGACGGCGAUAUUUCCUGAACUCAAAACAGCAGUCCACAAACCAAUGGGUGACGUCACAAUGACUACGGCCACUUCUUAUAUGCAGUCUGAUCUAAAUCAGCGGUCCCCAGUCCCCAGUCCCCGCACAGAAAGAAUAAAUAAUUUAUAUUAUUUCCAUUUUAUUUAUUAUCAGAGUCUGAAAGAUGUUUUGUUUUGAAAAAUGAACGGAUUCUCUCCCCGUUAUAUACGCCUAUGAUUCUUCACACAUGUCAAGACGCUUGUCUCGGUGAAAUGAUACGUUACUUCAAAAAUUAAGCCCAGAAGCUAGUGAAAAUGAGGGAAUUCCUGCAGUGACAGCAAUCAAAACAAAAUGACGGGGUAGACUGGACAUAAGGAACAAAGUUCGGGUGUCAUCGUCUCCCAUUACCCCCAGAUGGGACCGUCUCGUUGCAGAGAAACAAGCUCAGGGCUCCCACUGAUUCAGCAUUAUGGUGAUUUGUAUUUUUUAUGCAUUUUAUAUUUGUUUUCAUGCCGGUCGUAUAAUUUACUUUCGUUGUGUUUAUCCGCCACACCUUGAAGGCGGUCCGUGAAAAUAUUGUCUUACAUGAAACCGGUCCGUGGCGCAAAAAAGUUUGGGGACCGCUGAUCUAGAUAUACUUUCUAGGUCAAGACCGUAGUUUUGUAUAAAGCUUCAAUGUCACCAAAUUGAUUGAUGAACCGCUUCUGUAUUCUGACUAAACCAUCAGUGUGAGACAGAGUUAAAGGAGCAGCUUGUUGGGAAGCGGAGCCAGCUGAGCCACAGGGCUGAAUGAGGGAAGACUACUUGAAGAAACGUUGAAAAGCAGUUUUAACUGUCUGUAUUUUUGAAUGCAGACAUUUAAAACAGCUGCCACCCUCCAUUCUGUUUUUCUAUUUAGUACAAAUGCACAUCACACAGAGAUGUUUUCAAUAUUUUAAUAAAUUAGUUUGUUUUAUGUUUGUGAAGUUCUGCACUGGAGAGUCUCACUGCUUUAUCAACACUUUUCUAUUAAAAUGAAGGGUUUUCUAUUUAAACAACUUGUUCUUGUUUUUUUAUCAUCAUGAUUACAGCCGUUGCACUUAAAAAAAAAAAUGCAUUAUCGCACUUAAAAAAAACUUAAAAGAGUUUCAAAUUAAAAAAACAGCUCUGUUAUAUUCCAAUAUAAAACGUUUAGACUUUUGGUUCAUCCAGUCUGGUUCUGCUCAUCUGUACAGAGAGCUUUACCAACAAACAAACAAUAUUUAAACAAAAUUGGAU